AUGGCUCCGGACCUGUCAUUCACGCGACAGACAUUCGCAAAGCUCUCUCCGCACCCAUUCCUCGUCGCCAACCUCCAACCCUCCGAUCCCUCCGCCAAGCCAGAGCGCACGAACGGCCGGGGCCCCAAGGAGCUCCGCGAGCCAUUGAUCCACGGCGGUUCUCUGACGCACGCGCACGGCAGUGCAGUCGUGCGCAUCGGCGACACGAGCGUCAUCUGCGGCGUGAGGGGCGAGAUCCUCCCCGUGUCCAACAUCCCACACUACAGGCCGAAGUCAGCCCUGGAACAAAGCCAAGGCGAUGACGAUGCGGGCGCAGAAGGCCGGAGGGAAUUGAAGGACUAUGACUUGCUCGUUCCAAACAUUGAGCUGGCGACCGGAUCCGCGCCUCGGUUUCUCCCUGGCGCUCCCCCGACGAGUCUGGCCCAGACCCUGAGCACAAGAGUCUAUUCGCUGCUACACAGCUGCCGCAUCCUCAAUGCGGACGACUUGAGGAUAUGGUACGCGCCGACAAAGGCAAACGGCGGUCAAGGCGAUGAUGCUAUGCAGCAAGACGAUGACGUUGAGGAGAACCAGCCGGAGGUCAAGGCCUAUUGGACACUCUAUAUCGAUCUAUUCUUCAUCUCCUACGACGGCAACCCUUUUGAUGCCGCUUGGGCUGCGGUCCUAGCAGCUCUGAAAAAUACGACUCUGCCAAAGGCUUGGUGGGACGAAGACCGUGAGAUGGUCGUCUGCUCCAGAAGCGAGAAGAAGGCAUUGAACAUUCACGGACUCCCCGUCGCCUGCACUGCCGCGAUUCUGCUAGAGAAGGAGCACGCGACGGACGGCAACAGCUGGGUAUUGAUGGACCCCGACCGGCUAGAGGAGGAUAUGUGUGACGAGACGGUCACGAUGGUUGUCGACUGCGCCUCUGGAGAGACUAGGAUACGGAGCAUCUCAAAGAGUGGCGGGCCCGUGGUCGGGCUGGCUCAGAUGAAGCAGUUUGCGACGCUUGCAGAGAAGAGAUGGCAACAAGUACACAAGGCAAUGGAGGAGAAUAGGCGCGCAUUGUAA